GGAUCAUGAACAUCAAAAAACACAAAAAAGAAAAGUGUACUACUUGUGGGAUUACCAUGUAGCUUUCUUUGUCUUUACAUUUUGUAUUCGUGUAUAAAGCUUAAGCUCCCCCUCUUCUUUUAAAGUAGUGCAUUAAAAAAAGACUUCCCCUGGCUGGCUGCAGGUAUAACCUAAGAUGAUGGCUUCAUCUCCUAUAUCUCAAGUCUCACUAUGCUGCUGCUAACUGCUAAGAACAGGUUUGGAGACCGCCACUAAUGCACAAUAACGUCUGUGGUGAAGUAGCCACAAGUGAAUUACUUAGAAGCAAGCAUUUGAUAUUUCAAAUUAAUUAGUAAGCCAGUGUUCAUAUCUACUACUCCGCUCCACUCGUACCACCCACAGUCUUUAUACAGCUGACAAGUAUGAACGAGAUUGGUUCUGAGAAAACAAAGCCAUGGAACAUAUAUACAAGUACAGACUCAAGCCCAGCUCAAGCUGCAGGAGUUGAUAGUGAAACUCCAUGGAAAAGCUUUGGGACAUCCAUGAAUGCCAUUUCUUUUGGUUUUGUUGCCACGGCCAUCUUGAUAUCUAUGUUUCUUAUAAUGGCCAUCUUUGAACAUAUAUUUAGGCCAACUCCAUCUUUUUCCUCAUCUGAAGAUAUUGCCAACCGUUCUCUAGAGUUGGGACAAUUUGAGAAACUUGGACAUUCACAAACAGUUUCAACAUCUUAUGCAUCUGAUUUUUCAGUGUUGAUGCCAGGACACCAGUAUCCAACAUACAUUGCACAACCUGCUCCUCUUCCCUGCACAAGGGAAGGGAUAUAUUGGCCUUCACAUGCUCAUCAACAACAACACACUUCUCUCCUUCCUUAGCAGCCAAAUCACUGAGGCUGAGACUGUUUGUAAAAUUACAAAAUCUAUCACCUUUUAUCACUUUCUAUACUAAAAUUAUCUAAAUUUAACA